CUUACUUCGGACUACCACCUUCAACAACUAGAGAAAAUGGGAACCAAUGAAAAUUUUAACAGAACAAUAGAAAUUUCACAAAGAACUUUUCAAGGAUUACCCAAGCGUGUGUCGUUAGAAACAGCUGCAUCCAGAACAGAAAUUCGAAGUGUACUCAAUCAAUACCGCAACAAUCUCUUCGAUUCAGUUCAUUCAUUUGAAGAUGUGGCGAACGCUUUUAAGAAUAAAAUUAAAAUGUACAAAGAUGAGGCUGUACCACUUACGGAGAAGGUGGCAAACGGCGAUCUGUGGCGCUGGAUUUUGGUACUUGGAUUAUCCCUCCUGACGUUUCUUGUUUGGGGCUUUCUGAUAUGUGGUGCACCAUGCGGAUGUGACUCGACUCCCAAAACGAUACCAUUUCUACAGACAGGUUUAGGAUUAACUUGCGUAUUAUCACUCAUCAUGUGGACUUUCGGCAGUGUUUCUUUUAUAAUAGGAGGACACUGUCACGUUUUAAUAUGUCAACCUUUAUACGAAGAUCCGACGUAUAUAACCCUAAACGAGCUUCUGAAUACAAGAGACAUUAUAUCCAGAUCCGACGACAACCUCUUCUAUCGAAUUCUCAAAGCGAACAGGUCUUUAAGAGUAGACAGCAUGUUUAACAAGUGUCGCAAUAAUCAGUCUGCGUUUCGAACUUUCGACUUGCAAACAAUUUUCAACAUCGAAUCCUUAACAAAUGCAAAGGAAUGGCGAGAAUAUAAUGAAGCCAUCAAAAGAUUUCCAGCCAUUCUAAGUAACUUUGAAGUUUUAUCCCCUAAAUUGCGUGAAAAUCUUGAGGAAUUUUCGAGCUUAUCCAAAGUCAAUUUUACAAACUACAGAAAUAAUAUUUCUCAGCCGAUUACGAACAAAGAUUUGAGUUCUGUAGCCGAGCAACUAAAAAGUGUAGCGAAACAUUUGACGGAUGCUCGUAGCGCUGAAAAUAUGGAACGUUUGGCAUUUAGAACUCAAAUACUGGUCGAAACGGAGUUGCAACAUUUAAAGAAGAUUAGGGAUGACAUUUUAUAUCAAAUGGCUGCUUUGGAAGUUUUUCUUGCGCCUUUAAAUAAGCGAAUCAAUCAGUCUCUGUCUCGCUUAAAAGAAAUACAGUAUUUUGUAGAUAAUGACGGGAUGCGAAUUUCUAGAAAGGUUGUCAGUGACUACAUGGACGGAUUAAACAGAAAUUUGGAACAAAUGCACAGUUUCACUAAGAAAAAGGUGUUCUAUGAGAUCGGAAAUUGCCGCCCACUUUGGGAAACUUUCGAUAUGAUUAGAAUUAGUGGUUGUAACAUGAUGGUCGAUCAUCUCAACGGAUUUUCCGUCGCUUGCUUCUUCUGUAUUUUAUUGUUUCUCGCCCUGGCACCGGUCACGUUCACUGCAAUCGAACAAUUUAGGAAAGAUUUCGAAGGUUCAUUAGAUUCGAUUACGCAUAGACGUGCAAGAAAUGGGAUGCUGAUAAAUGAAGAAGGGACAUGGGCAACACCAUCCCCUCGGAGUUCGUCCGAAGGAGUUCAAAGACAUGAUCUACCACCUUCGGAGAUGCCCUGGGUGAUAGCAAGAGAACACAUGGACACUAUGAUCCCAUCUCCACCAAGGUUUCCCGAACAAGUUCCCCUGCGACUGGAACCAAACAGAAUAGCAGAAGCUUUUGCGAAGUCAUCAAGAAUUCUCGAUGCAACUAAGCUAAUCCGAAAACCACCACAAAUUCGCGAACCUUCACCGGACAACGCUCCGGCGACGCCAGUCAGAAGCCAAGGAGUACAGUCAAUUGCUUCCGUUUCCCGGAUCUUGGAUUCGGCGAGGUCUAUUCCGUCACAUUUAAGGUCACCUGAACCGCAUCUGGGUACUACACCAUCAACAUCUUCGCUGAUGGCAAGCUCACAGUCUCUUUUGAUGAAAUCUGCCAGACAUACGGAACCGUCCAGGAAUAUUAAAUCUCCCAUUCCGAGAAUAAUUCAAGCUAUGACAUCAAAAGCACGAAGGCGCUACGAGUCGCUGAAGUUAAUUGAACGUAUGGAUCGGAUAUCACCUAAGAGUUGGUUGUAGCUAUAUUUGUCGUAGUAAUGUACGAGUACUGCCGUAUUAACUAAUUGCACGGUUUCAUUUGGGUUCGAAAUAUUCACUUUCUAAUCAACCUAAUAACCGAAUACUCGAGAACUUAUUUUGGGAAUUAUCCCAACUAAAAUCCGGAAAUUUUCCGGAAACCUAACACAGAAAUUCUCAGACACGUCAAAAGGGGACGAAAUUAAAUUUCAUUUUCAGCCUUCAAAAAUGUUGUAGUGAAGGAAUCGUCUUAUACUUUCCUGACAUAACUCAUACAAGACCUAACAUUGGUUUUUCUUUCUAUCACCCCACCUGCUGCUUUAUGAGUUUUUUACUUUGCAAGCUGUUUGCUUUGCUACGACAAAUAUGUUGUACAGUACAGCUGUUAUAUUUGUCUUGUCCUGUAAUUCGACCAUACGUUUAUAUGGCA